AUGUCUCAAUCCAAGGACCAAAAGAUCGCCAACACGCAGGCCAACCUCCCCCUCCCCGAGCAGCCCCCCACAGCCUCGGACUGGCAAUCCGCCGAUGCCCGGACCGUCAACGUCGGCGCGGGAGGGGAGCACGCCAGGGUCGGAACCGACGCCGCUGCACGGGGUGGUCUGCGGGAGCCGGCUACCCAGGGUGAGGGUAUGGAUAUGAGCUCUAUUGGACGGGAGGGUGUCGAGAAGAGGGAGGAGUCGCAGCGGUAG